AUGGUUGGUGGUGGAAGCAGAAGGGACGAUGGUUCGUUGGUAAUUAACAACACCAAUGUUUUUGCGGCGCUUGAUACUUUGAAGAAGAAAAAGAAAUCGGAUAAGGAGAGAAAGAGCAAGGGUUCCAAAUCGGUGAAAUUGGAAUCUGAAUCUGAUUCCAAAGUCUUUUGGGCUGUCGCCCCACUCAAUGCAACUUCAUGGGCUGAUGUGGACGAUGAUGAUGAUUAUUAUGCCACCACUGCACCGCCUCAAUCUGUUUGGUCUGUUUCCGACCCACAGCAUAGUGAGGACAAACAUGACAAUUUUGAGGAGACUGAGAGUGAGGAAGAUAUUUUAGACGAAGGAGAUGAGGAGGAGGAAGAGCAAGAUCAUGAACCAGAACCAGAGCAUGAUGUGAAACCUGAACAUGAGCUUAAGAAGCAUGCUGAAGUUCCUGUGGUACCAAAGGAGGCAGAACGGCAACUCUCCAAAAAAGAAAGGAAGAAAAAGGAACUUGAAGAGCUUGAGGCUCUUUUAGCUGAUUUUGGAGUUGCACCGAAAGAAAGUAAUGACGGUCAAGGUCAAGAGGAGUCACAAGGCGCAUCUCAGGACAAGAAAGGUGUUGAUGGGGAUGUAGAUGGCGAAAAGAAAGAAAUCGUUGCAGAGUCCAAGAAUGCCAAAAAGAAGAAAAAGAAGGAUAAAGCUUCCAAGGAAGCAAAAGAAUCCAACGGUCGGCCCAACAGCUCAGAAACAAACAACAGGCCUGACAUGGCCACGGGCACUGAAAAUGCAGAGGAGGAUCCAUCUGUUGUCGAUGUGAAAGAGCGUCUUAAGAAAGUUGCUUCUAUGAAGAAGAAGAAAUCUAGUAAAGAAAUGGAUGGUGCUGCUAGAGCUGCUGCUCAAGAGGCUGCCGCCAGGAAUGCAAGGCUUGCUGCAGCAAAGAAAAAGGAGAAGAAUCAUUAUAACCAACAACCUGUGCGGUAA